AUGACGAGGCGCACCUCUCUUGAGCGGGCUUGCUCCGAGACUGCGGACGUCGACUUCUCUGACUUUGUCCGCAAGCACCAGAGGACGUACAAGGACGAGGAGUACUCCUUGCGCGCGGGGCUCUUCUCGAAGGCCAAGGAGGCCGUCAGGAGGCACAACUGCGAGACCGAGCGCCCGCUCUGGGUGGCCUCUGUCAACCACCUCGCCGACUGGACCGACGCCGAGCUGGAGAGCCUCAAAGGCCUCAAGCUCUCCCGCCGCUCGUCGUCCGACGACGCUUCGACCAUGCGGAUGCCGCGGGCCGCCUCGACCGAGGAUCUCCCGGACACCAUCUCUUACAGGAACCUCUCGACCAUCCGUGACGGGCGCAACCAGGGUCAUUGCGGCAGCUGCUGGGCGUUCGCCGCGGAGACCGCGAUGCGGGCGCGGGCGGAGCUGAAGGGCCUGCCCCACAAGUUCGCCGUGGGCCAGAUCGUCGCCUGCGCGCCCAACCCCCACGAGUGCGGGGGCAAGGGCGGCUGCAAAGGUGCCACCGCAGAGCUGGCCUACGAGUACGCUCUGCAGGCUGGCCUUGCGCAGGAGGACGACGCUGGCCGCCUCGAGGUGGGCUACCCGAUAGGGGGCGGCCAGCCCGAGUGCCCGAGCGACAUGGCCAUGUCCGGGAGCGAGGGUGAGUCUUCCGAGGUCAGCACUACCGCAGACGGCCACGAGCAGCACGUGGCCGGAGCGAUGGCGGCCUCGCUGCGGAACGGCCGCAACACGGGGAUGGUCGGCUGGACCAAGCUGCCGGAGAACAGGAUGGAGCCCAUCAUCCGCGCGUUGAUGGACUCUGGCCCCCUGACAGUCUCCGUCGCGGCCAGCAGGUGGUGGCACUACUACGAAGAGGGCAUCAUGACCGGGGCCGACUGCGACGAGAACAACGUGAUCGGCCACGCCGUGGUGCUCUUCGGCAUCGGGAAGGAGGACGUCGAGGGGACGGGCCAGGUGAAGUAUUGGCACCUGAAGAACUCUUGGGGCAGCGCUUGGGGCGAGGACGGCACCAUCCGGAUCGAGAUGACUGCGAACGAAGAGGAGCAGUGCGGCUGGGACCACAAGCCCGGGUCUGGCUCUGGGUGCGUCGGCGGCCCCGAGAAGGUGUGGGUCUGCGGCUCCUGCGCCAUCCUCUACAACUCGGCCAUGCCGCUGUUCUGA